AUGCAUCACUUAUCUAACACUGAUUAUAAAAAACUAAGCAAGGCUGAACGACGUAAACGACGUCGUGCCACUCCGAAAUAUCGUAAUCUUCACGCCAGCCGAGAACGUUUUCUUCUAAAGUUAAAUACAGAGCUAUUAUAUAUUACUCAUAACUUAUUGAACAAUUACAAUAUAGUUAUUCAACUUUAG